AUGGAGUGGGAGCUCAACCUGCUGCUGUACCUGGCGCUCUUCUUCUUCCUGCUCUUCCUGCUCUUCCUGCUGCUCUUCGUGGUCAUCAAGCAGCUGAAGAACUCGGUGGCCAGCACGGCUGGGACGCUGCAGCCCGGGCGGCUGUCGCUACACCGCGAGCCCUGGGGCUUCAACAACGAGCACGCGCUGUGA